UCCUCUGGUCAUAUUUGGUUUCAAAGUAAAGGUUUUUUUUUUCUUUUUUUUUUUUUUUUGGGAUGUAGAGAUGGGUUGGUGGUGGAGGAUAAGGAAGAAGAAGCGAAUAUCAGCGAGAGGGGCGAAGUUGUUAGAAGAUCUGAUAGAAUGUUGCGAUGGCAAAUCCAAUCCCAUCAAAUUCUUCUCUUCUGAUGAGAUCCGCAAAGCCACCGACGAUUUCAGCAAGUCUAGUCGUAUUUCCAAAGUACUUGGUGGUUUCAGUGAGUAUUCGAUGCGAUGGUAUUCAGGUAAAAUCGAGAACCACUGCAAAAUACUCGUCCGUGACAAGGAUAUAAAUGUAGAUGAAGAUAUUUGCCGGGACAUAGCAGUAUCAUCGAUGGUGAGUGGUCACAAAAACUUUUUGAAAUUUGUUGGAUGUUGUCUGGAGUUUGAAUUUCCAGUCAUGGUUUAUGGUGCUGUAAAGAAACAUUACAUCUUAGAUAUAAGUGAGCAGACGUGGAAAAGGAGAAUGAAGAUAGCAGAGGAUAUCGCCACUGCUUUAGCUUACCUUCACACUGCCUUCCCAAGGCCCUUCGUAUAUAGGUGUAUGAGUCUUGAUAAUAUUUUUCUGGAUGAAGAUGGUGACGCGAAGCUGACUGAUUUCUCUUGCUGCGUCUCCAUUCCAGAAGGAGAAACAUCUGUACAGGUUGAUAGAGUAGUGGGAGCAUACUUGGACUAUAAGUACAUAAUGUAUGGCGUGGUCUCCGAGGAAACUGAUGUCUUUGCCAUUGGAAUGUUAAUGCUAAGGUUUCUAAUGGGACAAAAAAGAUUUUGGAAUCGUGAUGUUUGUGAAAAAGAAGAAGAAGCUUACGGUGAAGGGAAUGAUGAUAAUGACUCUGAAACCAUGAGGAGUUCGGCUUAUCCGUUUUAUUUUAAAUGGUUCAAAUUCAUGGAAAAGCAAAGAAUAGAAGAGAUUGCAGAUCCAGAAAUGACAGAAAAGAUGGUGGGUAAAAUUUCAGAACUAGAGCUUUGUCAAAUGAAAGCUUUCCUAAUGCUCUCACUGAGAUGCGUCGGUCAUAAAGGGGAAAUUCCAACCAUGGUGGAAGUUGCCAAAGAACUAAAGAAGAUACAACAAACAUCUCUUAUUACCGACGAGUACUCCUCUUCUCCUUCAGGUGAAACUCCCCAAUUGAACUCUCCCCAAGACGUUCCUUCGACAGUUCUCCUCGCAAACCAGACUACAAACACAAAGCCAUUGCUUACAUGUAUUGCAUGCCUUGAGGUAUUUCACCAAAUGUUUCAAUGGGUUCUGUUGAGCUGGUUUCGGUUUCUCAGAAAAAAGCCAAGAAUGUGCUGACAAUAUCUUCGAUUCUUGCUUGUAUUAAGACACUCCCUAUUUAAUUAUCAAGCGCAUAUCUUUUCCUUGUUUACUUUUACGUCCCUUUAGUACUUGUAUCUGUGUGUUUUUGGUUUUGAUCCAUCCGUCUGUUUUCGUUA